GCCCGGAAGUGACGCGGGUGCGCCGAGCCAGGGCUAGGGAAGGGCUGAACGAAUCACCGGGGGCUAGCGGGCCGGGCGGGCCUCCUCGGCCACUAUGAGCUGCACCAUCGAGAAGAUCCUGACGGAUGCCAAGACGCUGCUGGAGCGGCUGCGCGAGCACGAUGCGGCGGCCGAGUCGCUGGUGGACCAGUCGGCCGCGCUGCACCGGCGGGUGGCGGCGAUGCGGGAGGCGGGCGCCGUGCUGCCCGAGCAGUAUCAAGAGGAUGCAUCCGACGUGAAGGACAUGUCUAAAUAUAAACCUCACAUUCUGCUGUCCCAAGAGAAUACGCAGAUUAGAGACUUGCAGCAGGAAAACAGAGAGCUGUGGGUUUCCUUGGAGGAACACCAGGAUGCCUUGGAACUCAUCAUGAGCAAGUACCGGAAACAGAUGUUACAGUUAAUGGUUGCUAAGAAGGCAGCGGAUGCAGAACCAGUUCUGAAAGCUCACCAGUCUCACUCUGCAGAAAUUGAAAGCCAGAUUGAUAGAAUCUGUGAAAUGGGCGAGGUGAUGAGGAAAGCAGUUCAGGUGGAUGAUGAUCAGUUUUGUAAGAUUCAGGAAAAACUAGCUCAGCUAGAGCUUGAAAAUAAGGAACUUCGAGAACUACUGUCCAUCAGCAGUGAGUCUCUUCAGGUUGGAAAGGAGACUUCUGCGGCUCCUGCUUCUCCGCCUGUCAAGUAACUGAGCUCAGUCCGCUGGCUGCAGAGUGCCGGGCGAGGAGGCACGAGUGUC